UCAUUAUACCUUACCCACACCCUCUAUAUAAAUUAAAUCUCAAUUUUUAUUCAUUAUCUUUGAUUCAAAAAGAUUAGGUUUUGGCAAUAGUGGAGACGCAGAGCUUAGAGGAAUCCAUGGCUACGGACCACUCUGAUGAUUUAGACCAACUUCUUGAUAGUGCUUUGGAUGAUUUUCAGAGCCUCAAUCUCACUACUGCUUCUCAAAGAAAUGGGGAUGGAGAGGGCAAGAAAGAGAGUUCUUGUAUGCCUAGUGAGGUUCAAGGGCUUGGGAUGUCGUUACCCGAUUUGAAAGCUAAGAAUAAAGGGAAGCAAAAGGCUGCCAAGGAGGUGAAGGACUCGCAUGUCUCGGAAGCUCUUGAUAAGCUUAGAGAGCAGACAAGAGAGGCUGUUAAAGGAUUGGAAUCAGUGGCAGGGCCGAGACCCACUGUGGAAAACUUUGGAAGUGAUCCAAUGAUGGAGGAUUGGGUCAAACAGUUUGAGGAGCUGGCUGGUUCUCAGGACAUGGAGUCUAUUGUAGAGACCAUGAUGCAGCAGCUUCUUUCAAAGGAAAUUCUUCAUGAACCUAUGAGAGAAAUUGGAGAAAGAUAUCCAAAAUGGUUGGAAGACAAUAAAGCCAAGUUAAGCGGUGAAGAAUAUGAUCGUUACAGGCAGCAGUAUGAACUUAUCAGAGAUCUAAACAAAGUUUAUGAAACUGAGCCAAGCAACUUCAACAAAAUUGUUGAGCUUAUGCAGAAAAUGCAAGAAUGUGGCCAACCACCAAACGAUAUAGUGCAGGAACUUGCUCCAGACUUUGAUAUAUCAACUCUUGGACAACUAUCACCGGAGAUGCUCGAGUCCCAACAGAACUGCUGUAUUAUGUGAAGACACUGGGCUCGACCAUCCUGAUGUCCACCUUGCUCCUUAAGUUGGUUCUUUUACCAUUGUAAACAAUAUACAUAUAGAACACGGGUUAUUGUUUGUAUGGAAUUUGAUUGUGGUUCUCAUCUUUCUAAUAAGCAUUGAUGUGCAUUUUUUUCUUUC